GUUCAGCCCAAAGCAAACGUAACAAAAGCCAUCCGUUUCUCACACCGAAAGGGUUUUAAAGUUACAGAGACGGUUUGCUGAAAGAGGAAAAACACAAAAGAACAAAGAGAGACAGAGAGAUUUCGUAAACUGCAGAAGAACAAAGAUUGAAAGAGAGAUCAAAAACAUUACAAAAGAGAGAUCGAAAACAAAUGAAGAACAAAGAUCGACAAAGAGAUAAAUUUCAGGGCAGCCAUCACCGUCAUGCAAUCGGAACCGUUACCGGUGAAGGUUUGUAGGUGGAAAGGCAAAUCCUUGGAAGCAAUGCAAGUCUGAUUAAAAGCGGUACUACCAGCUAUAGUUUCCACUCUAUUGGAACCAUCACUGAUUUCCUUUUCACUGUACAAGGGACGUUAAAAGGCAGCAAGAGAGAGAAGAGCAAGAAAAAAAAAUUGCAGACACAGAAGGUACAAGCUAUGAGAGGCUUCAGUUCAACUUUGAAGUUAACAAAGAAGACAGAAGGGUUUUUCUUGAUAUGAUAUGAAAUUUAGCACUUACGAAAUAUCUUCAGCCUACAAUUCAAAUGCUAUCAGGGUACUGAGUUUGUGGUUUGCAUGUUUAAGGAAACACAAGCUCGGGAAAAUCAAAUCUUCAACUUUAUUAGUUGUGGUGCAAAAUACUAAACUGAAGGGGGAACAGCCACCGGGUAAUGAAUAUCAAACCCUUCUUCUGUAUCUAAAGAGCCAACUGGUUUCAAUGUCUGCUUUGACCAUACAGAAGCUGCCAAUGCAAUUGUUGCGUCCAAAGUACUCUUUACUAACAGUGACAAAGAAAAAUGAGCAAUGCAUUUAUGCUUCAAUGUAGCACGGGCGUCAUAAUCUGCAAAUCAUAAACCUAGGUGAAUUCUAUUCCAUAUUCCCUUUGGUGGAAGAAUUGACUGGAUCAGUAAAAUACUAAUGUUUUGGCAUGCCUUAUGAACUCCUUUUUUCUUUUAGGUGAAUAUUGAUAUUGGGACUGGUAUAGUAAGCAAUUCUAAUUGAAUAUUUAACUGCAAUUAUUAGAA